AUGGAAUUAUCAUUUAUUUUAAAUCAACAACAACGUGAACAAGCUCAACAGCAACAACAGUUGGGAGGUUUACAACAUCUUCAAGAAAUCAUUCACAGCAAUAGUUUUAAUAUUAAUAAUAAUAAUAAUAAUCAAAAUAAUAAUAAUAAUAAUAAUAAUAAUACUCAAGAAAUCACCGACAUUAAUAAUAAUAAUAAUAAUAAUGAUAGAGCACUUUUAAAUAACAGUACCGAAGCUGUUGUUGAAACUUUAUUGCUCGCAAAAUAUGGAAAGAAUCCACAUGGUUUUAAUUUGAAUUUUAAUAAUAUCAAGAAUCAUCAUCUUCAUCAUCAUAAUAGUCAACAAGUUUAUGUAUCACCAUCCAAGCAACAACAAUUUAAUAUUCCAACCCCAACCAUGGUCAACGACAAUGAAGAUGAUGAUAAUAUGUCAUCUGAUAUUGACGAAAAUUCACCAUUAAAUAGUUUGACUGAAGCAUCUGCCAUGGCAUCUUCACCACUCUCUUCACCACGUGGUUGUGGUCAUUCAGUCUCUGAGAGCGCCCCCGUUUCACCAGCCUAUUCUUUUACCUCUCCUUUUUCACCAGCAUCUUCUUCCAAUAGCACUAGCUGUUGUAAUAGUCCACGCACGACGACAACGUCAUCAGCUACGACAACGCCAACGAUCACAUCCAUCGUACAAGGUAACAAGCGACAAGCCGACAACAACCAAGUGGUCCCAAAAAAGGAACUUGCCGGAUUAAAAAAGCCAAGAAAGUCGUAUGAAGUAUCCAAGAAAUUAGAGAUACUCGAAGAGAAGCUCCAACACGGUAUGCCAUACGUCGUCGAAAAGUACCACAUCUCGAGAUCAAUCAUUUCUCGCUGGUUGAGCAAUAUCGAAAAGUACAGAUCAUUCAACAAAAAGAACCUCAAGAAGCUCCACAAGGGCCCAAAGGCCAGCUUCUCGGUCGAACAAGAACAAAUCAUUCUCGACCAAAUCAACAAGCACAAGGCCAACGGUGAGCUUGUCAAUGGUGAGGUUAUCAAAAAUAUUGCUCUUCAACUCUCCAAACAGUUGAAUAAUAAUAAUUUCAAGGCUUCAAGUGGAUGGUUAGAAAAUUUUAAAAAUAGACAUGGUCUCAAGGCUUAA